UAAUUCUGAGAUUUUUUUUUUGACUCCCAAAAGGUCACCGCAUUAAAUUUUGUAUACUGUAUGAUCAAAUACCGUAAGGAAAAAUUUCAAACUCCUUAAGCUUUUGAAUUCAGUAAGUCAAAGUCAAAGUCAAAAGUCCAAUAAUAAUACACAAACCAUGCACCCUCAGUUAGAUAAGAACAGAUUCGAUACAUGCGAAAAGCUUAUGGAUGCACUUGAAGAAUGUCACCGUCAAGAGUUCAUGAAGUCAGUGUUAGGAAUGUGUAAUUUUGAAAAAGAUGAGUUAACUAAAUGUUUGCAUUAUACUAGAAUAAAUGAUGCAGCAGAAAGAAUAGAAAAGAGUAAAAUACGUCAAAAGAAGUUUGCUGAAAUGAGAAAGAGAGCUGAUGAGGAAACUUAUGGUAAAAACAAUUAUUUGAAGAAGAUGAUUGAAAAGGAAGCUGAAAAGAAGCUUCAAGAACAACAAAAGUAAAUCCCGUAACGAAUAAAUAAAAUAAAUUAAUAAUUAAAUUACUCAGAAAUAACUCCUGAUGGUACCAUGUAUA